CUAUCCUGUCCCUUUUCCGGUGAACACCGUCGGUCCGGCUGGCAGUCGGACAUGAAGCUCAACGUAUCAUACCCCCCUCAGGGGUCACAGAAGCUCUUUGAAAUUGACGAUGAGAAGAAGGUGCGGGUCUUCUAUGAGAAGCGCAUUGGUGCCACCGUGGACAUGGAUUCCAUUGGUGAUGAGUGGAAGGGGUACAUCUGCCGCAUAGCAGGAGGCAAUGACAAGCAGGGAUUCCCCAUGAAGCAGGGUGUCCUGACUACAAACCGCGUGCGCCUGCUGCUGAGCAAGGGCCACUCGUGCUACCGCCCGCGCAGGAAGGGAGAGAGGAAGCGCAAGUCGGUGCGCGGCUGCAUCGUGGACUCCACCCUCUCCGUCAUCUCCCUGGUGCUCGUCAAGAAGGGCGAACAGGAGAUCCCCGGUCUGACGGACGUGACCGUGCCGCGCCGCCUCGGGCCCAAGCGCGCCAACAACAUCCGCAAGCUGUUCAACCUGACCAAGGAGGACGACGUGCGGCAGUACGUGCUGAAGCGCCCUGUGCCUCCCAAGGAGGGCAAGGAGAACGCCAAGCAGCGUUUCAAGUCGCCCAAGAUCCAGCGGCUCAUCACCCCCGUCCGCCUGCAGCGCAAGCGGCACCGCGCCGCGCUCAAGAAGCGCCGUGUCGAGAAGCGGAAUGUGGAGGCGGCCGAGUACGCGCGCCUGCUGGCCCAGCGCUCCAAGGAGUCCACGGAGAAGAAGAAGGAGGCGCGCCGCCGUCGCUCUUCCAUGCGCGACUCGCAGACCUCGCAGGACAGCAAGAAGAAAUGAGCUAGGCGAGACUGUACCGUGACCGUGGUCAAUACACGUCGGUCGCGUC